CGCCCAUAGUUUUUUCUUUAAUAAGCCAUUUAGCUCAGCAAAGUUGUAAUCCGCAUGCAGACACGCUCGCCUUUCAUGUAAAAAUAAGUAGGCUUUGCAUAGGCAGUAAAGCAAAUGUUAUUUUUUCUUUUGUAUUUUGCCGCAGAUCUCAUUUGUAAGCGAGCAAACCUGGGUAUGAAUCCCAAAUGAAUUCAAACACACACAUGCACACGCACACACACAGAGGACCGCAGUGCACGCAAACGUAAUUGGCAGAAAAAGAAAGAAGAACGCUUUGUAGGAUAUUUGUGCGUCUUUCACUCGAGUGUAACGUUGGACGGAGCAGCAGACGUCCCUAGAAACAAUAAAAAAGUGGAACCAUGUAAUAUUAAUGGAUCCGGAGUUGUGCGGGUGCCUUGGGUAAACGAAGUCGAUUGACGCGCGCGUUAAACCAGCCGCGUGUGAUUCCCAGCUUCAGUCAUUUUGGCAGCACGAUGAGAGAGAGAGACGGACACAGAGCUGUGAAACUGGACCCUCUGCCAGAGAUGUCGACGGAGAGGAAUCCCUGAAACCGCCGCUGCCCAGGAAAUGUGGACAAAUCUUGUUUUGUGGGCUUAUUUUCUGUCGGAUUUCUGCGCGUCGCUACAGAGUGGAGUGGACCAGGAUGCCGUGUGGGCGAUGCUGCCACAAGGGAUGCAUUGUGAUUUCGCAGAGAUGUUUUAGCAACCGUUGCAUAAAUUAAAAUAAGACAACCCGUCACAGGAAGGGAUUGGGAGCCUAAAGGGAUCUAAUAAGACAUCACCACCUGUUACUAGAAAAUCAGCACAGCCACCGAUCAGGGACCGACAGGAGUGAAACCUCACCACAUGAUAGCCUCAUUCUGGGACUAAUUCUGCAACACCUACAGCCAGCCAGGAGAGGUGACAGCAUUGCUCUCCUACCACCCAAGUCUUGACAGCCAUGACUCAGGAAGGCCCUCUGCUACGGCUCAGAUCAGGGAUCAACUCGCUGCUCAAUGGCUAGAUCUCAUCACACAAAGAGCUGGGGGCCUUUCUAUUGAGUAUCCCUCACUGCGUAGUAGCACAUGGAUUUCAAGACUUCAAAUGAAGAGACAAAGACUGGGAUUUAUUUGAUGCAAGAAGGUAAUGAGGAGCCAUUUAAUAUUCGACUACACUUGGCCAAAGAUAUUCUGACCAUUCAAGAACAAGAUGUCAUCUGUGUGUCAGGAGAGCCUUUUUAUUCAAGUGAGAGGACUGUAACGAUCAGGAGGCAGACAAUUGGAGGGUUUGGCCUGAGCAUCAAGGGCGGAGCAGAGCAUAAAAUCCCUGUUGUAAUAUCAAAAAUAUCAAAAGAACAAAAAGCUGAACUUUCUGGCCUGCUUUUUAUCGGAGACGGCAUCCUUCAGAUAAAUGGAAUAAACGUUAGAAGUUAUCGCCACGAGGAAGUGGUCCAGGUUUUGAGAAAUGCUGGUGAAGAAGUGACUCUUACAGUCUCCUUCCUAAAGAAGACUCCAGCCUUUUUGAAACUGCCCCUGUGUGAGGACUGCACAUGCAUCCCCAGCGACCAGAGUAGUGGGACAUCCUCUCCUCUGUGUGAUAGCGGCUUGCACUUGAACUACCAUCCUAACAACACGGACACGCUGUCCUGCUCGUCCUGGCCCACGUCCCCGGGGCUUCGCUGGGAGAAGAGAUGGGUAGAUCUGCGCCUUAUUCCACUGCUCCACUCACGCCUGUCGCAGUACAUCCCGGGCUCUGACGUCUGCAGGAAAAAUGCUUUCCAGGUCAUAGCCGUGGAUGGAGUUUGCAGUGGGGUUGUACAGUUUCCCACAGCGGAAGACUGCUUGGAGUGGCUUCAGGCAAUAGCGAACAACAUUUCCAGUCUCACCAAGCACAAUGUGAAGAAGAUUAACCGAAAUUUUCCAGUUAACCAGCAGAUUAUCUACAUGGGCUGGGUUGAUGAGAAAGAGCAGGACUCCGUUCAGGACCGAAUGUAUUCACCAAAGUUCCUCGCUUUGAGGGGUUCCUCCCUCUUCAAGUUUUCAGCACCUCCUGUGACAACAUGGGACUGGACCAGAGCAGAGAAAAGCUUUACUGUGUAUGAGAUAAUGUGCAAGAUUUUAAAGGAUAAUGACCUUCUGGACAAGAGGAAGCAUUGCUUCAGCGUCCAGACGGAGAGCGGGGAGGACAUGUUCUUCAGCGUGGAACUGGAGUGCGAGCUGCUGAUCUGGGAAAAGGCUUUUCAGAUGGCUACUUUCCUGGAGGUGGAGAGGAUACAGUGUAAAACAUAUGCCUGUAUCAUGGAGAGCCACCUUAUGGGACUAACAGUUGACUUCAGCAUGGGCUUUGUGUGCUUUGAUGCAGCUUCAAAGGUAGUACUGUGGAGAUACAAGUUCUCCCAACUAAAAGGAUCAUCUGAUGAUGGAAAAAGCAAGAUCAAGUUCUUGUUCCAAAAUCAGGACUCCAAAUCUAUUGAAGCAAAGGAGCUGGAGUUCUCAAACCUCUUUGCGGUGCUUCACUGUAUUCAUGCUUUUUUUGCUGCCAAAGUUGCUUGCCUGGACCCGAUGUUUGUGGAGAGCCAAGGCAACGCGACUACCACUGGGUUUCCCUCUCUUUCCAGUAUCUCAUGUAAUUCACAGACACCGAAACUCAAAUAUGCCACUUGACAGGCACUGCCCUCCCCAGACCCCAUCUAGAAGGACUCUGCACUUUGUAAAAUGGUGGCCAGGACAACUUGAAAAUGCUCGAAUUAUGGCAUUAUGGAGGGCAGCUCUAUACAGUGAUUAAAUAAAAGUCCUCCUUGGGAGUGAUAUACUUGAUACCUUGGAAGACCAUUCGGGGGGAUUUCUGGAAUAACUGUGGACCUAAACAUGAACCUCUACUUUCAGAAACAUCCCAAAAAGACUACAUGGACACAAAAUGUGUGAUUAAAAAAUGUUUUUCAGUGAAUGUGUUCUUCUUUUGUUCCUCAGACAUGCUUAUAAUCAACACAUCACAAAGAAAAAUGCAGUGCUUUUCCCCCAAGGUUCUAAUUUUAUUCAAGAUUUGAAGAGUUAAAUCAAAACAGAUUUUUAGUCUUUUUGUUCCACAUCAGACAGUACAUCACUUGAAUUUCUGCAAGGAUUUGUCAGGACACUGGAUAUUAUGAUAAUAUGAUAGUAUGAAGACGCUUUCUAUUUUAUGUAUUAUUAUUUACCUACAUUUAUACUUCAAUUAGUAGUUUUAAUUAGAUUUUCCACUGGAGUGUGUUAGAUUCUGACCAAAAGCUAAAUGGCAAAAUCAAUUUGAUUCUGAAUCAAAAUUUUGACUAAACUUAAUUACACAGACGUUUGCUGGCAGCAUUGCUGGGUGAAAGGACUCCUUUAGAUGGGUUUGUGUAUGGAUAUACUGAAUGACCUCAUUUAUUUCUCUCUGUAUAUGACACAGACCCACAGGUUGAGGUCAGAAUAUAACUAUUUCCUGGAUAAGUGUAUCCAUUAAACGCUGUAUGAAAGUGUAGUUUUUAUUGUAUGAAUGAAGAAUGACACCAAUAAUAAACAGUUUCACCAUCCACACAACCUUAAUCUGACAAUACCACUCUAAACAUGAUUAGAAACACUUCAUCAUAGGAUUUUGUUUUCUCCAAAAGUUGAUUCUGUAAAUAAACACUGAUAUUCAAAUGAACUCAAAGAAUUAUGAAUUAUCGCAAUUACUUGAGGGAUUACUAGUAGGGAUUACAGCAUUUAUUAAUUUGAUGUGCACCAGAGACAACUAGAUAGAUAGCGCAUAGCCUUGUGCUCUUUGCUCUAUGGACCAAUUCAGAAGAAAAAAAUCAGCUAUGGUGUAUUUUUGGAAUAUUUUUGACUUCAACUUGUAAAUAUAAUUUUUUUUAAAAACCCAUUUCAUUGACAAUGAGAAAACACACCGCGAGGACAAUAAAAUUAUGUAGCGUCAUGGCCUCCAAAAGGUUUUGAGGAUACCCCUUUAAACUUCAUUCUAUAUUAAACUGUUUAUAAAUGCAGCAGAGGGACAACUAAACUAUCAUAUUCAAAAAGAGUUCAGGUCAAUUAGCGCAAUUAGUCAUGCUCUUACCUUCCAUUUACAAAGUAGAAGAGGCCCAUGGGUAAGUAAACUCUAGAGGAUAGCAAAUUAAAUGGGGUCAGUAAAGUGCUUGGUACUGUGCGGGCUUGUUAAGCUGACAUGAGUGUCUGAGGGAGAGUAAUGGUGGUGCAGUCUAUGCAAAGAAAGUGACUGAUGCUUUUGUGCUUUAAAAUGAUCUUGGUUGCAUACCCUUAUAACAGGAUGUAGAGAGUGAGGUUUAUUUUGUUUUGUUUU